AUGCGAAUCACUGAUCCAUUAGCUGCGGCCCAUUUUCCUGUGAACAAGGCCUACUUCUGUGAUAUGGGAUUUUACAGUUGGGAUGAAAUAUGGCAGCACACGGCCAGAAAACUGGAACUUAGUGCCCCAAAGAAUGCUGCUGGUUAUAUAGGAUUCAACCGUUCGUUUACCUGCAAUAUCUUAGAUGAUGGGACACCAAUGCUAGACCUAGUCGAUGUUGUUGAGCCUUACACAGUCGACUGGUUUUUCACACCGCUGGGUCAGGAUACAUCACAGUCUAUAAAGAUCUUAAAUCUGACGAGUGAGGGAUCUGCUAAACCUCGCCUGUCAUGGACUUCUGAUCCCUAUAAGUACGGAACAAACUCGGGGAUCGAGUUAAUGGUGUUCCACCUACAGGUUGGAGAUGGUGUCCGGAUUGGAGAUGCUGGCACAUACUCCUGUGUCAUAGAGGGCUCUGGAUCCAUAGGAGCUGCUGAAUUGUUUGUUGUUGAUUCGUUGGGAUGUAUGAACCUUAAGAACCCUCUGAAUUUUGUCAAUCAAGAACAGGCCAAAUUUGAAUGUCAUGUCAAAUACAUGGGUAGUAAGCCACCCACGUUGUCAUGGAGACACGGAAAUAAACAUCUCAACCAAACAACAUACGAGCACAAUGCAACUUAUGUGAUAUCAACAAUGUCUUUCGUGGCGACAUACGAGGACGACGGCCAUGUCUACUACUGUCAUAUUGAAUAUCCUAAAAUCUUUUCAUCUUACUGUUCAACGUCACCUCCACUCAAAGUUUACUCGCCAGUACACCUGAUGUCUAUGGAGGUAAACCCAUAUACAGAUAACAACAAUUUCAAAUCAGGGACAGAUAUUAGACUCAUAUGUCACGCCAAAGGUGACCCCUCACCUCGUUACCAUUGGAUGUUCACACCAAAGAACAUGAGUCGGCCUGCUAUUGAUGUAUCACACAUCAGUCGCUACACUAUUCGGAAUGCACAGCCGUCAAACGCAGGCACUUAUGCCUGUACUGUGACAAACGUCAUCAACGGUACCAAGUUCCAGAAGACGAAGCUUGUCAUGAUCGAUGUCUACAUCGUUGAGACCUCCCCCUCGAUUGGCUACCGGUACUUCAUCGCUCACCAGGGCAGCGACUCACGAUCAUCAUAUGACCAACAAAAUGGCAACUCUAAGAAAGAAGAGGGAAAUGGAAUCAUUAAACUAGAGAUUUCUCCAUAUGCUGUCGGUGCCAUGGUUACAGCUGGUCUAGCUGUAAUUCUCAUCAUUGUCUUUAUAUUCCUCGCCAUGAAGUUCAAGGUACGGGACAAAAAAAUGAAAGAGAGAUUCUCACGAAUGCAUGAUGAACUUUUGGAUGAUCAAGAGGUAGAACUGCUAGAUGAGAACAUCCAACCCAGAAGUUCUGAAGAGCCGACCCAGUACAGCCAGCUGAGACAGUGUUGGGAGAUACCAAGGAAGGACAUUCGUCAGUCAGAGCUCCUGGCACGUGGGGUAUUUGUUGAAGUAUGGAAAGGACGCAUCAGAAAGUUUCCAGAUAGAGACGAGGUCAUCAGGGUUGCCAUCAAAAAACUUCUACCUGAAGCAACAGAGAAAGGACGAAAGUUUUUCCUGGCUGAAAUGGAGGUUGCCAAGGUUUUGCAGGCGAAUAUUAAUGUAAUACAGCUGAUCGGAUGCUACACUCUUCAUGAGCCAUGGCUUUUGAUGUUGGAAUACGCAUCUGAGGGCACCCUCUACAGCUUUCUUCAGAGGUGUCGCCCUGGCGCUCAGAGAGUAGAGAUCACAACUUCCUCCUCCAAGUCUUCAGCACGACUCAAAAAUCACAAAGUUGACUCCCAUAAAAUGUUAGCCAUGUCUGCACAGAUAGUAAAUGGACUACAGCACAUCUCAAAAUUCAAGUUGGUGUGCUACAGACUGCGUUCUGCCAGUGUAUUGGUGGCAAAGGGUGCCGUAUGUAAACUAUCUGGUUUUGGUUUCCCACAAGAUGUUACAGAGCGUAACCAGUAUGAGGCUGACUCCUUACCAAUCCGCUGGAUGGCUCCCGAGUCACUAGCCCAUAAUAUGUACAGUACCCAGUCUGACACCUGGUCUCUAGGCAUCGUGAUGUGGGAGAUACUACACUUUGGGGCGACGCCUUACCCAGCAUUUGGCCAGGAUGAGUUGCCAGACAAGGUGAUAGAUGGAUACCGCCUCCCUCCUCCCCCACACUGCAGUGAUGAGUUAUAUGGUGUGAUGAAUCGAUGUUGGAGCACUCUUCCAGAGAAUCGUCCUGAUUACGCCAAUAUAAUGACCGAGCUGACAAACCUGGCCUUGGAGGACUCCGCCCACAUCUGCUUGGACAAGCUUCCCAGUUUUGCCAAGGCUCCUGAGCACUACAAUGAGGAGGAUUCAGACAGCCUCUGA